AUGAUCGCAGUCUAUGGUCCCAAUCAUGCAGAGUUCGUGAUGCCAAAAGACUGGGUGUUUGCACCAGCGGACGAGGGUGAGUUUACCCUGGAGGAGGACCGGCUUGCUAUUAUGGACAUUGUACAUUUGGCCCUUCAAGCACGAGUGUCAUUCCUUGACAAGCAUGGAGAAGAGCCUGGAUUGUGCAGAUUUCUCAAAGGACUACGUGCGAAGAAAUUCGGACAAGCCAGUUCGUGGUCUUUAGACUACUUUCUGUCGUAUUUUGGUUUUCCAAACUUGCAGACAGCAGUGAAGAUCAAAGACAUGGGCGGGUUACACUGCGCCGCUAUCCUGGGUGAACCUUCCCUCAUGCGCCCACUGGUAGAGGCAAAAGCUUCCGUGGGAGCAAAGUGCAAGAGCAUUCUCAGUAUGGACAUCUUGAAUUUUGUGCCUCUGAUUCUGGCAAUUCAGUUGAACAGUCUUGCAGCUGCCAAGGGGCUUCUCAUGCUUCGCGCUGAUCCGAAUUGCACCUUUGCACCAUGCAAUCCUGUCCUUGGGCUAGCUAGGGAUGCCGAAGCAGUGGAUUUCUUGCUGGAGCACAGAGCAGAUGUUAACCUUCGCAUGUCAUACCCCAAGAUCAGCCCCCUCUCAUUGGCUUGUUCAAAAAGUGGACCCGUGGAAGUUGUUGCCCGACUGCUGGAAAGACGGGCGAACGUUAACGACUCCCGCGGCGGUCACUCCAAGUCGCCUUUGACAUGCACGACACUUUUUUCUAAGGCCACUCCCCGGGUGAGCCUCGCUCAUGCUAAGCUGCUGCUCGAUGCGAGGGCGGAUGUGAACCAGCCGGGCUGCACGACGGGCCUAUUCCAGAUGCUGGAGCUGGGCUCGAGGUUGGCAAACUGCUGUGGGAUGGAUGGUCCCCUGCUUCGCAGCUCUGCUGAACAAUCGUCCUUUGGCGUCUCUGCUGCUGGCUGCCAGGGCUGA